CGUAGUAUUAGUGGUGAAUGCGCUAUAUAAUACCGGCGGGCCAGCUCUAGUAGUAAUUUGGUAUUGUCUCGCGGGCCAAAUAUAAUUAACCCGCGGGCCAAAUUUGGCCCACGGGGCCAGAGUUUGACACCCAUGCUCUAAGACUAUGGUAACAUUUCCUUUUCUUUUCCUCCCUCCCCGGGUGUAUCCUGGUCUUUUAGAAGACAUUUUUGUUUUAUUGUCUCAGCGUCACCCCCCAGCGUUAAUUAAUAACAGUCUAGUCUAUUAAUCAUUUGGACACUUUUGUACCUUAUUAGUGCUUGUUUAUCCUAUCGUUCAUCAAUUCACAUCCCGAUAGUCCUGUACCAACUGCUUGUUUGCUCUCUACUGAUCCACACAUCUAGCUGCUUCACAGCCACUACACCUAGGCUCACACCCCUUUCUAGAUUAUGCAGGGAACCAACCCCGCUGGGAUUUACCCACAAGGACUUACCUUUUGCAGAUUCUAAACUGCUCAGGUUUACCUUCCGGGCCUCACCCUUUUUUUGUAUAGUAAUCACAGGUACUAACCCACUGGGAUUUAUCCCCUAGGACUUACCUUCUAAACAGGUACCAACCUGUUUGGGCUUACAUUCCGGGACUUACCUUUUACUAUAAAUCUAUGACAGGUAAUAACACUAUGGGCCUUUUAAAUAAACUCAGGCUUCCUAAGUCCGUAUCCUAUAAUUAUUCAGCCUACGAUUCUCAUCUCCCCAAGAUGUCAAAAAGAGUGGUAACAGGUGUAGGAACUUGCCUACCUUAUUGCUGUGCCGGCUCCUGUUCCACUGAUUUGGACUCUUUGGUUUGAUAAAAAAUCGUGGUGAAUCCUGCCGACAACGCCAACUGUUAGGUUCUUAUUUUUCAGAGUAAAUAACUCACGGACACUAGAGAAGCUUAACCAAGUUUAGUUCUUCCCAAAGGGUCGAAACAGCUCUAUUCAGACAGCAAAACAUUUCUCACCAUCACAGUUAUAUACAUCCUACUUAAAACACUUCUCCUUCUCUCCCAUCCUUACAUUUUAUGGUUCUACAGGAAGAGAAUUGUAGGCCUACUAGCUAGUGGAGGUGCCGGUGGUGAUGCUGAACUGUCAGAAUUAGCAUCGCCAUCAGGAACUAUUUCCCCCUCAAUCCUCCAGCACUGACAGUUCUUUGGCUCACACAUUUUUUUAAUGUGGCUUUUCCACGAUUCAAAUUCAGUAGGGAGACGACUACACUAUGUGACGUGAAUACAUAGGGACCUCUUCACUAGCUGACCACCACUACCAAGAUCUAUGUUAAGAUCAGUUACUGAACUCCACUGGCCCUCCCCAUAACCUCUAUGUACAAAUAAGAGAGCAGGUUUUGAAUCAUUGUGGCAGGAUAGGAUGAUUAUAUAUAAGGAUCACCGCGCUUUUACAUGAUGGUCUUUCUGGGGGGCGGGAUAAAUAAGGAGGAGUCAACUUAAUUUAUUAGAAUGUCAACAGUUAAUUUAUUAGAAUGUCAAAUAAUGAAUAAGUCAUGCCGCGAGAGGUACAGAAAAACUCUCACAUCUAGUGGAUAAAAAAAAUGGUACAACACUGGUACAUUUCAACCAUGAGACUUGACGCAGGAUUAACAAUGGUAACUUCAAACCAUGUCAGAUUUAACAAUAUUGGAUACCUUACUGUACAUACAGUACCAAGAUAUACAUAACAAUACAGCCUGUGUCACACUUCAAUCAAAGUGUGUUACCUUAAAUGUUUUAAACAGGCCUAAAAAAACAAGAAAUGCUAUCUGAAGUGGAUGGUGACUGCAUUUCCAUCUAUGUACUUCCUUCCCCCACACACAUCCCUCCGUACAAGUGCCAUCUGUCAACUUUCAGUCCAAACCACACUUGAAGCAAAUUUAAACAUUGAAUUAAACCGAAAACGACUUCCCCCUAAUGUAUCCUGGAGAGGAAGAGAGAGAAAGAUAAUACCACAUGACACGAGGGAAAUGGGAGACACACUUUGAGAGCAUCAUUCCUAACAAGUGUAAAAAAACGAUCCAGUAGAGGUUACCUCAAACAGUUUGUAAAGGACACAGGGGACAUUUGGGACAUAGGAAUGAAUAAUGAUACAUUUUUGACCAUUUCCAAUUAUUACCACUCAAUUCUAUAGUUUGGGUAAUACCAGUGAUUUAAGAAUGUAAUUUAAUAUAAAACAAUAUAUUUUCAUAUUUUGACUACUAUCUGUUUCCAUUACGUGGCAUUGUAUCCAGAAUUUAAGUAGAUCCAAGUAAAUGUUUUUAGUACCGAAUAUCGAGUUGAUAAGCCAGCACUAACUUUUUGAAGGACUUCACAGAUUUGUUAAACAACAGGUUUCAUAUUUUGACUAGUUGAUGUCACAGGGACAGUCAUUACAGAACAUAUGUCAAUGCAAUAGGUCAAAAUGACAAGAUUACAAGAAAGGGUCUCUGGAAUUGUUUACUAUUAACUGGACAAUAUCAUAUAUUACAUUACACUAUCAUCUGAUGUGUCUGAAGUAUGAUUCUGUAUACACAUGGUUUAAUCAAGACUUCCUGAACAAGAUGGCCAUUUUGUUUAUUUUUACCAUGCAUUUUACCACACACGCCAGUACCCACACACAAACAACCUAUUUGUUAGUGGUGUUUGAUUUAUUGUGUUUUAGUGGGCUCUUCACGGGUUGGCACACACAUUACAUUUUCUGAAGUAUCUAUUGUCCGGGUUUUGGUUGCACACAUGUAAAUUAUCUUGAUAAGAAAUGUACUGAAAAACCCAAUGUAAACCUGGUACACAAAAUGUUUGAAAUAUCUUUUUUUUAAAGAGUCUGAAGUACAGGGAAAGAAAAGGGAAAGAAACCCUCACUUAUGGGGUUGAAUGACUUCUGACCUCUGAGUUAGGCAUCUGAGGCUUGAGCUGACAAAAGAGUUACAGUCUGCAUUCCAUAGACAAGAUGUGGUGGGUGUAACAGAGAUAGCCUGAAGGAGUAGAACAAAACCCUCAUUGAUCCUCAUCAUCCUGACAUCUGGGAAAUGGCACCAGAUGCAGAUUUAGUUUAUUUAGUAUUUUAUUUAACUAGGCAAUUCAGUUAAGUACAAAUUCUUAUUUACAAUGACAGCCUACACCGGCCAAACCCGGACAACGCUGGGCCAAUUGUGCGCCGCCCUAUGGGAUUCUCAAUCACGGCAGGUUGUGAUACAGCCUGGUUUCGUACUAGGGUGUCUUGUAGUGAUGCCUCCUGAGAUGCAGUGCCUUAGACCGCAGUGCCACUCGGGAGCCCCCGGAUAACAACAGGGUGUACCUGAAGUAGCUUAUGAUGCCCCCUGAUCUGCAUGGGGGGGGGGGGGUGUAACCAGCCAAUACUAAGCAUUUUUGGGUCCCCUAUAUAAUAACUGUUUUUUUUUUUCAUUAAAGGCUAAACUCUCGGCAACACACACUUCAAUGUGUGUGUCGAACAGCUUCAUUAUUGCAAUAAUUAAUCAAUUUUAAAUGAAGCUGAUUGUUUGAAGAAAUGACAGUCUCUCUCAGUACUAUGAAUUUCUAUGACACCUUACAGACAGAGAGCUUGAUUGGGUAAAGGAUAAGGUCUUUUAUAUGAAGAAGUGUAUUGCUGUUGUUGUUUUUGUUUGUUUUGUUUUUGUCUUGCUUCAAUACAAAUCUCACCAGAUUGUGUCUGCUGGGUGGUUGGGAUUUCUCCCUAAGGAUUAGCCCUCUGACUCCCUGACCCUGUAACUCUGUGGCGAGGUCGCCAAUAUGUUACCUUAAAAUGUUACGAUAAAACAGGCAAUGUGAGGGAAAAUGUUGUUGUCUCUAGAGAUAGCAUUGAAUUGUAAACAACAUCUCCUCUCCCUCUAUCUUGGUUUGUGCAGGUGACUGUGACCUCCUCCUCAGACCAAUUGGCAGUACUUCCAGAACAUUGUUCUGGGAACCAAAGGGGAUAUCUCAGUUUCAAGGUCUCAGCUUGGAGAGAAUAAGCCUUGUGAGGAACCAAACGUUAAUGACGAAUUAAUGAUUAAUAAUGUAAAUUGUGCAAUUAUAACUUGUCUGUGAAAGCAGUAUAUAAGAGAAAUAAUGGAACUGCCCCGGCAGAGCUCCCGACCAACGUGUGCUAUGGUGUAUUAAGUUUGUUGGAACCUCUCCAGCUUGCUGAUAAUAAAGGAUGAUUAAUUUAGGUUUGACUGAGUCCCUAAUGAAAAUUUCCAAGACACCAUACUGUGUCUUUCUCCUGCGGGCACAUUCUGAACCCCCACACCCACAAUAUCAGCAUUGACUGUAGCUUAACUGGAUAUUGUUGUAUUGAAUGUAAGAAAAUAGCUACGCAAAGGGCCAGAUAGGUUACCAUUUACAGUAAACACUGUUAAUUAUUAGCCUACUUAGUCAAUCACCAGCCUGACUGAAGAUCUAGCUAAGUUAGCUACAGUAAUUAAUGUAGAAAUCUCCCCUUUCUACAGCAGGUACCUCUGGCCAGGCUGCUUUAUCUUGCAGCAGGUUGAGAGACUAACGUUGAGAGACUUACUUCAUCUAGCUAGUAUGAGGGACAAACUAAUAUCCACUAGUUAGCAUGACUAUAGCCAGUAGCCAGGUAGCAAGCCUGCUAGCUAGCUAGCCAGUUAGUGCAAGCCAACUUUGUUCAGUUGUUACUGAGUUCGUUCUAUUGGCAUGCUUACUUCAUGAUUAUUUAAACAUCUUAGGUAACGUUAAUAUUUUUAUCUUCCUGUCACAUAAAUGUCUAAUCCUGUCUUCUGUGCUGCCGACACUGCAGCUCAACCCAGACCCGCUAUGCACCGUGAAUAUUAUAUUAUUGCAACAUGGGGCAUCUACUUCCAGGUAUGAAUAAAAAAAAAGUGAUACAUUUUGUAGUAAUUUGUUUUCUCUUACUCAAUGCCUCAUUUUGAAACCAUAAAAGAGAAAAUGAGUUGACAUCUAUCCCCCCCCCCACCCAAACUACAAAAAUUAUGAAUUUCCUUUUGUUAGGCCUUGCCGAGAUUACAGAAAUAGGAAGUAUCCUCUAUACUCGAUUUUUAUCUUGUCCUCUAAUAGGAAAUAUUAAUUGGCCAAAAAGUACAUGGACCAUGCUGGAGUCUGCCCAGAUGCUCAAAAGCCUUGAACAUCUCCAACUGACCAAUUUGUUGCCUCCAUUAUUCAUUUUUAGAGUUAUUUCUUAGUGUAGCUGCACUGUUUGUAAUCAGAUUUACCUUAUGUUUUGAAAAUGGAGCCACUGUCUCAAUUUGUAUUUGUAUUCAUUAUGGAUCCCCAUUCCCUGCUGCCUUUGAAGCAGCUACCCUUCCUGGGGUCCAGAAAAUUUAAGGCAGAUAAAAAAUGUUUUACAUUACAAUACAUUCACAACAGAUUUCACAACAUAUUAAGUGUGUGCCCAAAGGCCCAUACUUUACUACCACAUAUAUACAAAUCUAUGUUUACAUGUGUAUAUGUGUGUUUGUACACAUGUGUCUGUGCCUGUUUGUGUUGCUUCAGAGUAUUAACAACAUUUGCAACACUGUGACAUCAUUGCGUGAGACCAAUCAUUGAGUACGGCCAUUUGUAACCCCACCCACCGGCCUACUUGGUUUGAGGUUAGUACCAGAUAUCAAACAAACGGUAAGCCUUUUGGCUUAUCCAUUUAUGGUUUCAGGGUGGGUGAAAACAGAGUUGAGUGCUGUGGAAUCAGUGAAAGUAACCCAAAGUGGUCUUGUGAUAAUUAUUUGUGUUCCUGCAGGUCAGAGGGAGCAGGCACUCUGAGCCAAAUGACCGGGGACAAGAUAUGUGAAUCGUUUUGCGCUCACGAAAAGGGUGCCAUUGAAAGCAGUGAUUACUGGGGUAGCGGUAAAUGUGAAAGUGGACCAACUGAAGGGGAAGAUUCACUGGCUGCAGUCCAAACAUGUUCUUUUUACCCCCUCAGCCCUUGCGCUAUCCACACAUCUGUCACGCUGAUCCUCAAAACGGGGGCCCCUCAGGGGAGCGUGCUUCGUCCCCUCCUGUCCUCCCUGUUCACCCACGGCUGUGUGGCCAAGCAUGACACCAUCAUUAAGUUUGCUAGCUUCAUACUAUUUUUCUGACAUGCCGAAAAUGGAGCCUUGUUGAUUACAUUUGUGGAUUUAGUGGAGGUGGGUUUUUUCCAAGCAAAGUAUUAGGGAGUUAUACUCCAGUGCAGUUGGUAGUGCAACAUUUGUUGGAUGCCAACCACCUUUAAACCUCAUCGAAGAUAUCAAACGAGGCUGAAUAUCCUGCUUGGUUCCAGGAAUCAAGCGGGCCGUGAGCAAUUGGAAACAAAAAGAGGAACUGUGAAAAUCACGGCAGUGCAGUGGAAAAGCCGCCAUGAUUAAUUUGCUUCAAUACAGCUCAUAAUAAUGAAACCCAGAAAUGAAUUACCUUUGUUUUGUUCAGCAAUUCCUAUGUGGAAAAUUAAUGGGGAAAGAAUAGGGUUUGGGGAUUUAUGCCAAAAAUUAGGUCUGAGGUUUAGGAGAUCUUAAAAGUUUGAUAUUUAGUUAGUUAACAUUAACUUUAUAAAUUAUUUAGCCUUUGUGCUUUUUAAAAAUGUCAUAAGUGCUUCAAAAUUCACAAAAAGUGAUGUUGGCUGAUGAAGAUGAACAUAGAACAAGAAGUUAUCCUAAACCUAUGUUUACCACAUACCUUAUAUUUGGCGUUUAUCCAAAACCCUUACAAAAACACAAUUAAUUUCCCCAAUAGGCUAUGUACAACGCACCAUGGCAGAGUCAGUACCUACAAAAAUAAGCUAUUACUAUAUUGGAAACGACAGGCUGUGAUCGGUCUUGGGUUAGUUAUUUAAAAAAAUCGGUACAUGGCUUCCAUCUUUGACGACAUGUAGAGCGGUCACUCGACUAUCUUGUCAAUAUAAUAGAUAAUCUUUGUUUUAUGGAUGGGUGGACGAGCUGCGCUACAAUAUUUAUGGGUUAGUUUGACUUCAAUUGGAUUAAAUACUCUUUAAAUGGUUCGGUAUGAUGAGCUAGCGAUUUGGGGAAAUCUCCCUUGCUUUUCUAACGAAUUCUAGCACGGAAUGGUUGUUUGCAAGCUAACUAGCACAUUUGCCUUGUUUACAUUGCUAACGAUAGAUAGCUAGCUAACCAUUUUCGAGCCCUGCCGUCCAGUGUUUGAGGUUUAGGAUUGAAUUUGAAUAGGUGAAACUGUGGCGAACAGAAUCGCCGCUGCUGUUUUUUUAAAGGCAUAGAGCAGCAAACCGAGAUGAAGGGGCAGCAGAAGAGCCCGGAUGACGACGUUGACGUGCCCAUAAUCGAUGAAGGUGAGCGCCAUAGAGAGUAUUCUAUGAUUUAUCAUAAUGGUGCUGUUGCCACGGCCGACGACCCAACUGCCAUCACCACCAUCCAGUCUGCAGCCACCUUCUCGUCUGAUCAACCAAUCAAGUACCUGUUCAAGACCGAAGGAGGCGGGUUGCCGGUAGGGGAGUUGUACCCUCCCUCAGGGCAGGUGACGUACCGGGUGAUCCAGGUGUCUGAUGGACAGGUGGACGGACAGACAGACGGCGCCUCUGCUGUUAGCGUGGUGACGGGUUUCCCCGCAACGACACAGACUGUCACACAGCCGGUAUUUUCCCAGUCUGAGGGACUGGAGGGGGAAGCCUCAGAGACUCACUACUACUACCCUGUCACUGAUGCCACACAGACUACCAUGGUUGAGAAUGUACAAGCGCCAGAAACACUGCUCACUCAGAGCACAUCCACUGGUCAGCUAUAUGUGAUGAUGUCCCCACAGGACGUGUUUGGCGGAACAAACCAGAGCAAGUCAGAGCCUCCUCGUACAUCUAGAGAUGACAAGAGACGAGCCCAACACAAUGAAGUUGAGCGCCGACGCAGAGAUAAGAUAAACAACUGGAUCGUCCAGCUGUCCAAAACCAUCCCAGACUGCACCCUGGAUGCGACGAAGAAUGGGCAGGUGAGUUCCCAGAGUAAAGGAGGGAUCCUGUCCAAGGCUUGUGAUUACAUCCAGGAGCUGCGUCAGAGCAACGCCAGACUGGGCGAGGACCUGGAGAAUCUGGAGAGACUACGCAUGGACAACCAGUUGCUCAGACAAGAGGUUGAUGAUUGGAAAAACAAGAACCAGAUGAUGAGAAGCCAGCUGAGACAGAACGGCAUUGUGGGAGCAGCAGGUGUAGAUCCACAGUGAAGGAGAAGUGACAAAGGUGCCUGUACGAGGGCUCUGUUUGAAUUGCCAAAAUAAUACACCCUCCUUUCCUCACUUGAGGUAGUAACUGAUCUGUAUGGGAUUGGAGAGGUGAAACGUAGGGUCCCAAUGACACCAACCCAGUCAUCUUAUAUGUGUAAUUUCAUCUAGGAUGGAUUUAUUUGGAAAGCAUUCGAACAAGGUCUAGGAUGUUGUGGGCUGUUGGAAUACGACAACAUUGGUCAGUGGAGGCGGUUGUAUGCAGAGGGUUGCUUCCAACAAAUCUGGACUGCACUCUUUUUGGAUGUCCUCCGUGAUGUUUUCUUCCUUGACAAUUGUAUGGACACCCCAUGAUCACGGACAUUCAUCCUACCUAUAAAAACACUUAAGCUACACAGCAUAAUACUCAUGUCUGUGUUCUUUAUCACCUUUGAAAUCAAAUGUAUUUUGUGACCCCUCAAACAACUUGCCCAUAUAUGGGUAUUUCUACGCUCUUGCCACACAUUAUUUGAAAGAAAAAAUGUGAUGCCUUUUAUGUUUGAAAUGAAAUAUUUUAUGAAAAGGCUUAUUUAAAUGCUAGACUGAACCGAACACCAUUUCUAUUGGUUGACAGUUUCACUACCAGCUGACUGACACUGGUGUUCUCCAUCAGUUUGUAUCAGUCACUGAGCAAAUAAUGAAUUUGAUGGUUCUUUGUGUAUUUUUAGUUUUCCAAAAUUUGGACUAACCUAUUUCUGACAUUAAUACAACCUUCAGCCUCUAAUAUUAUUUUGUGUUAUAGGUUGAUUUGCUGUCAUUUCUAUUAAAUUUGUCUGAAAGAAA